UCUCUGUGUCACACUGACUUCACACAAGCUAGCACCUGUAAGCAAUCAGCUUGUUAAGUUGGCAAGUGAUUGGAGGUAGGCUGAAAUAAAUGCUACCUCCCAGCAGCACAGGCAUGCAGAGCAAGUAGCUUCAGGGCAGUCGGGCUACUGUUGCUUUGACACACAGAAUGGUUUGUGGAGUUCAUUUGGGGUGAGUAUUAGUAGCAAAUGCAAUUUCCAAAAAAGUGUGUCCCAUUUUCCUCUGAACCUUGAUUUUCUUUUUUUUCUCUCUUUUGUGUUUGAUUUCUGUGCAGGAUUUUGCUGGUUUUCUUUCUUCAAGCCAAGCAUGUGCACUGUUUAUGGGCUACAGAAGGUAAGCAGAGUACAAAUGUUGCUAAUAUUUGACUCUUUGAUUUAUCAACUGUGUGUUAAUCUUAGUGAUAGGCCAAUAAAGCCUGGACAAGCUUUAGGGCUUUUUUUGUUCAAACAAGGAUUUACAGCUCUGGAGCUUCAAACUUUUGUGGAAAAUAUACUGACAUCUAGUGGCUUUGAGAAGUUAUUGCAGCUUACAUAGAGACAAUUUGAAGACCAUACUUCUAUUUAAAGUUUUUGUCAAAUGUGUGAGGCAUAAGUCUAUGAUGCCUGUGUUUUGUUUUGAGAUCCAGAGGCAUAAAAAAAAUGAGAGCCCUACACAUAAUGUAAUGAAAGUUCUCACAUUAUCUCACUUGUGUGAGGAUUUGAUCUUUUCUACAAUAAAAAUCAGCUGUGUUAAAAAACUUGAUUCUGAUUGUCCAAGCCCUUUGACAAUUGCCAUUCAGGAGCAAUAGGGACACAAGGGCCAACUAAAUGGACUUUAUCAUAUCAAAUCAUUACUGAAACUUGUCUGGCAAUGUGGCUCAUUCUACCGCUGCUUGUUACCAGUUAGGCAUAGUAAAUUAGUGUGAAAUACCUACAGUAAAUUAUCAAAAUUUCUGUGAAAGUAGUGCAACUAGUAGCCAGUAAUUUACUGUAAAUAUGCAGCCAAAAAUGGGAGUAUUAUAUUGAAUAUACAACUUUGCACAAAUAAAAGAAGCUUCGGGGCUUUGGUGUCAUCUGCACAUCUCUAAUUUUAAUUCUGACUCUUUCUUUCUUGCAGCUCAAAGCUCCCAGAGACAGAACGGCAAUGGAUAUGUUGGCUUCUCGCAACAGGACAGUGAACUGGAAAGACUUGGUGCCAGCAAUCCCCAGAAUCGGCUCAGACAGGCCUCUGUUUCUCCAGGCCUGACUCAGAAAAGCAGCCUUGGCACACAGCCUGCAGGUAGCAGUGUUUAUAGCCAGGGAUACUCCAGUAGCAGCUAUUCACAGACUCUUUCACGGCCGUCUCAAAGUGGCUUCUCCUCAGUCAGGUUGGUGCAGAGCAGCUCAGUGUCUGUGCCUAAACUUCGAGAACCUACAUCAAAGCAAGUAAAUGCGCCCAAAAGACGAUUCGUUGGCCUUUCUACCGCCAUUGCUAGUGGUAGUUCUGUGAGUAAGUACGAUAAGGAAAAAAGUGACCACACUGAUAGCAGCAAGAAAACAACUUGGCCAGUUCAGAGAACACCGACUACCAGCAAAUAUUUGUCCAGCAGCUCUGCAUCUUCUCAGAGUCCCUCUAGCAAAAGCUCCUCCAAACUGGCCCACCACCAAUCGGCUACACAUGGUACUGCAUCUGUAAAAUCAGCCUAUGGACAAAAAGAUUAUUUUCUCAAUCAGAAGUCAUCCAGUCUGUUCAGCCCAAGGGCCGUUUCACCACAGAGACACGCUGUACGGAUGCAGACUUCAGCAACAGCCCCCGCAAGAAGAGUGUCGAUACAUCGAACCUCCAAGAUACCUCGCCCCUCAACUCUCUACUCUACUAAAAAAGAAACCAUUUCCUCAAAUCGGUACAACACGCCCUCAAGCCACCUGACUCAAAGCCAGUCACUUUCAUUUAGGAACCAAAAUGCUCCAAAUGGUGUACAACCCCGCAGUUUUCAGAACCCCAGCCACCAGAGGCUCGGCUACACCUCAACUGAGCAAAACCCGAGCAGUGUCUCUUCAUACCAAAAACCAUCUUGGAAGAGCAGAAGUCCAACUCCCAGUGAUAACAACCCAGCAGACUCCAGGGAUAGUGGAAGUGUGCGCUAUGCCCCAACCAGAACCUACAACAUCCCUGAACAGUUUGGUGGCUAUGCUAUCAGGCGGCUCAGAAACCCUGAUGAGCAGGAAACGAGCGCCAUGAAGCCCCAGCAAACCAACAGAGUUUCUUCUGCACAUUCUGUAUCAUAUAGACCUCAGGUCCCGAGCUUUGUGGAGUCAGGGCAGACAUACACAGCUCCUUCAGCACAGGAUGUGUCCUACAAACAACAGUUCCAGAGUGUCAAUAAGCCAGCGUGGGAUUCUGCAGCUACUUCAGCGCAUCAUGCAUCCUACAAACCUCAGGUCCAGAACAUCAGGAAGCCACAACAGACCCAAACUGCUCCAUUAGCUCAGACUGUCUCUUAUAAACCUCAGUUCCAAAGUGUCAGAAAACCAGAGCAGACCCAUGCAGCUUCUGUAGCUCACACCGUGUCUUAUAAGCCUCAGGUUUACAAUGAAAGGAAGCCACAGGAGGUCCAGAUGGCCUCUUCAGCCCGUGUUGUAUCUUAUAAACCACAACAGACCCAAACAGCUCUAUCAGCUCAGACUGUGUCUUACAAACCUCUGCUCCAAAAUGUCAGAAAACCAGAGCAGACCCACACAGCUUCUGAAGCUCACUCUGUGUCUUAUAAGCCUCAGGUCUACAAUGAAAGGAAGCCACAGACGGUCCAAAUGGCCUCUUCAGCUCGUAUUGUAUCUUAUAAACCACAGCAGUCCUACUCGGCUCCAUCAGCACGGACUGUCCUGUAUAAGCCACGGGUUGAAAACAUGAAGCUGGAGCAAACUUAUGCAGCACCAUCAGCUGAGCAGACCGUGUCCCACAAACCACAGGCCCCAAGGAAGCCACAACAGCCCCAAACGGGUCCUUUGGUCAGUGCUAAGUCCUAUGAACAACAGGAGGCCAGAUGGUCAAGGAUAAAGUCACCUUAACUUCAAGGACACCAGCAGGUGAGUAAUUGUUCUGUUGUCCCACUGUUCUCAUACAUGUGUGGUCUUUUUUUUUUAAAUGUGUUUUUUUUUUCUCCUACAGAUGCAGCAAGAGAUCCUGGAAAAAAAAGAUUUAAAUGAUUUGAAAAUAAAUUAAUUAAUUUAAA